GGACUGGGUUUGUCACUGUGGUGAUUAUUUGUGGAGCAUACCUGGCAACCCUGCAGAAGAGCAUGACUGAGUCCGUCGAGUUUGAAGGAGUGUAGGGAGGAACGUUGGAAUAGAGAAAUAAAUCGUUUUUGUAGCAUGGACGAACUAAAGCACCAGGUUAUGAUAAACCAGUUUGUUUUGAUCGCCGGAUGUGCGUCAGAGCAGGCGAAGCAGCUUCUCCAAGCGGCGCACUGGCAGUUCGAGACUGCCCUUAGCUCCUUUUUUCAGGAAGCAAAUAUUCCCUACGGCCAUCAGAUGAUGUGCACACCUGCCAACACCCCAGCAACGCCCCCCAACUUCCCAGACGCUCUGGCCAUGUUCUCCCAUCUCCGAGCCUCAGAGAGUAUCGGAGCCAGUCCCAUUGCCUCUAUGGCUACCUCUCCUCCUCCCUACAUUAACUGGGCUGUGGGCCCCACACCACCCUCCAGCCAGCAGGGGCUGUGGGCAGCUGCUCAGCUUCCUUCUCACACCGCUGUUAGCCAGCAGACGACCUCUGAGCAGCCCAUGGAGGCCGAGAGAUGAGAACAAGCUCCUACUGGCCCUUAGGCAAUGCAGGGUGAGGAACAACGCCAUAGAGAGAAGCAUACAUAAAGUGGAUAAAGCACUGAAAGACUGAGAAACACGAGUAAUGAAGACUGAGCACAUGCUCUCAUUUACGAGACAGAACAGAAAACGUCACUGGUGUUUUUGUUUGUUUGUUUGUUUAGUUUUUUGGGUUUUUUUUUAAUCCAGCGAUUUCCUGGAUGAAAUGUGUACUCAGACAUGACCUCAAGGUGCACAAGUGUGUAUGGGUUUGUUAGUUUAUUUCUCAUUGCUCACAGAGGAGCUUAGUCAGCAAACAGUCUCUUUUCCCGCAGUGUUUGCACUGAAACUUCUAUAAUUUUAAUGUACUUUUUUCUUUAUAAUUGAAAACAGUGUCUGUCAUUUGGAAUGUCAAAAUUGGGCUUGAUGAUGGUACACCAGGAAAGAAGUCUGUACAAUAAUGGCUAAAAUUAUUAACAAAUUACAAAUAUUUUGGUCAAUAUAUGGAAAUCACAAUUAUUCACUGUUAUAUUUUAUCAUUUUAAAUAAAAAAGGCUUUUUGCACCACAGCAAAUAAAUUCAAAAAGCUAAUGUAAGCCA